UAUUCGGGUUCUAAAACCCUGCAUUUCUCUUCUUAAUUCCCCUCCACCACCGGAGCUCCGUCGUAGAAGUGGGACGAGUUUGUGAGCAGAAAGGAUAAAGUUGUUGAAGAAAAGGAAGCGUGAGAAUGGGGACCUCAGUGCAAGUAAAGCCGCUUUGUGGAGUCUACAACGAGAACCCACUUUCGUACUUAGUCUCAGUGGACGGCUUCAAUUUCCUCAUUGAUUGUGGUUGGAACGACCAUUUUGAUACAUCGCUUCUCGAACCCCUCUCCAGGGUCGCUUCAACUGUGGAUGCUGUCUUGCUGUCACACCCUGACACACUUCACCUUGGUGCUUUACCCUAUGCCAUGAAGCAAUUUGGGCUUUGUGCUCCAGUUUUUGCAACUGAACCCGUGUACAGAUUGGGCCUUCUGACCAUGUAUGACCACUAUCUGUCUCGAAAGCAAGUAUCAGAGUUUGAUUUGUUUACACUGGAUGACAUCGACUCUGCGUUCCAAAACAUUACCAGAUUGACCUACUCUCAGAAUUAUUAUAUGUCUGGAAAAGGAGAAGGAAUUGUAAUUGCUCCACAUGCAGCUGGUCACCUUUUAGGGGGCACAGUCUGGAAGAUAACAAAAGAUGGGGAGGAUGUAAUAUAUGCUGUUGACUUCAAUCAUCGAAAAGAAAGGCAUUUGAAUGGGACAGUUUUAGAGUCUUUUGUACGCCCUGCAGUUUUGAUAACAGAUGCAUACAAUGCUUUGUUAAGUAAUCAGCCUCCCAGACGUCAAAGAGACCAACAAUUUCUAGAUGCCAUACUGAAGACACUGAGAGCGGAUGGAAAGAUAUUACUACCUGUAGAUACUGCUGGUCGGGUGUUGGAGCUAAUUUUGAUACUGGAGCAGUAUUGGGAGCAGCACCACUUAACAUAUCCUAUCUUCUUCCUGACAUAUGUUUCAUCAAGCACGAUUGAUUAUGCAAAGAGCUUUCUUGAGUGGAUGAGUGACUCUAUAGCAAAAUCCUUUGAGCACACAAGAGACAACGCUUUUCUUUUGAAACAUGUAACACUUUUGAUCAACAAGAGUGAGCUUGAAAAAAUUCCUGAUGGCCCAAAGGUUGUAUUAGUAUCCAUGGGAAGUUUAGAGGUUGGAUUUUCUCAUGAUAUUUUUGUUGAGUGGGCUGCUGACACGAAGAACCUUGUACUUUUUACUGAGAGAGGCCAGUUUGCCACAUUGGCACGCAUGCUUCAGUCAGAUCCUCCACCUAAAGCUGUUAAAGUUACCAUGUCAAAGAGAAUCCCUUUGGUUGGAGAGGAGUUGGCUGCUUAUGAAGAAGAGCAAAAUCGGAAAAGAAAGGAAGAAGCUCUUAAAGCUACUCUCGUGAAAGAGGAGGAAUCGAAAGCAUCUCUCAGUGCAGAGCUCGCUGUGGGUGACCCCAUGGUUACUGAUGCAAAUAUCAAACAACCUUCUUCAAAUGCUGCUGGUUUCCAAUAUGGAGCAUUUAGGGACGUGUUCAUUGAUGGAUUUGUUCCACCACCAUCUAGUGCUGGCCCCAUGUUCCCCUUCUAUGACAACUCCUCCGAAUGGGAUGAUUUUGGUGAAGUCAUCAAUCCUGAUGAUUAUAUAAUCAAAGAUGAAGACAUGGACCAGGCAUCUAUGCCGGUUGAUGGUGACCUCAAUGGGAAGCUUGAUGAAGCAUCUGCAAGUUUGAUACUUGAUACAACGCCAUCAAAAGUAGUAUCUUCCGAGCAAACAGUUUAUGUCAAGUGUUCUUUGGUCUAUAUGGAUUUUGAGGGCCGUUCUGAUGGCAGCUCAAUCAAAAAGAUUCUUGGCCACGUUUCACCAUUAAAGCUUGUCUUGGUGCAUGGAUCAGCGGAAGCCACCGAGCAUUUGAAGCAACAUUGUUUGAAAAAUGUAUGCCCACAUGUAUAUGCUCCUCAAAUUGAAGAAUCGAUUGAUGUCACUUCAGAUUUGUGUGCUUAUAAGGUUCAACUCUCUGAGAAGUUAAUGAGCAAUGUUCUGUUUAAGAAGCUUGGUGAUUAUGAAAUAGCAUGGGUUGAUGCUGAAGUAGGGAAGACAGAGAGUGGCACAUUGUCUUUGCUUCCUCUUUCAACUCCUCCGCCACCUCAUAAAACAGUCUUGGUGGGGGAUAUAAAAAUGGCAGAUUUCAAGCAAUUUCUUGCAAGCAAAGGAGUCCAGGUGGAAUUUGCCGGUGGGGCCUUGCGUUGUGGUGAGUACGUUACCCUGCGGAAAAUUGGAGAUUCAAGCCAAAAGGGUGGUGGCAACAUUCAGCAAAUCAUCCUUGAAGGCCCCCUAACAGAGGAGUAUUACAAAAUCAGGGACCAUCUGUAUUCACAAUUUUAUGCACUUUAGAUCAUAGAUCAGACUACUUUCCAUCCUCUCAAGAAAUGCAACACAUGCCUACCCACCCCUCUGUUGUAAUUUGUUAGUCAUGUUUCUGUUGUAAUCUUGUCACAUUAUCAUAGCGAUUUUGUCCAAACAGGAUUGGAUAAUCCACAUUGAUGCUGAAAAUGUUCAAGAAAAUUAAAUGAGAGAAUUGACAUGCCAUGAGACAUUAAGGG